GAUUCAGGCUGAUCUCAUUGUGUUCUAAUGCACUCGGUUCCAUCCCACCCGUGGGUCUCAUGAGACACUAUCAGAUGUCUCCAUUCCUGGAGAGCAGAUAAGACAUCCUUUGGUGUUUUCUGCGCCGUGACCGGUUCAUCCCACUUGACUUCCACUCGAGGCGUGUUUCGGUUGGCUGUGCGCAGUCACCUGACCGGGUGACAUCACGCAGGUGUGAAAACCGGCCGUUUCAGGAGUGCAUGGCUGUAAAUGCGGAGGCGAGGAGAAGCGACGCGGCCACACCCCGCCGACAUUACCGCGGAUUGUUUUUAGCCCCUUUUGAAGACAUGACUGUGAGUUCGCGGUGUUUGAGUCUGGUCAUCCUGCUGGGCUGCCUGCACACCUGCCUGACUCAGGACGCUAAGCCAGACCUGAGAGGCUUCCCUGCUACCGAGACCAGCGAUGGGGUGUGGGUCGGCUUUCGAGGCGAAGAAGUCCUCAGCAGCCGUCUUACAACCGUCUUCCUCCCAAUCAUCUACAUCAUCGUGUUCGUUGUGGGGCUUCCCACCAACGCCAUGGCCAUCUGGGUGUUCCUCUUCAGGACCAAGAAGAAGCACCCGUCCUCCAUCUACAUGGCCAACCUGGCUCUGGCUGACCUGCUCUUUGUCAUCUGGGUGCCACUAAAAAUAGCCUACCACUUCAACGGCAACAACUGGAUCUACGGAGACGGGUUGUGCAAAGUUCUGGUGGCGUUUUUCUAUGGCAACAUGUACUGCUCCAUCGCCUUCAUCGCCUGUAUUAGUGUCCAGCGUUACUGGGCCGUGGUCCACCCGCUCUCCCAGCGGCAGAGGAACAACCGUUUAGCCAUCACCGUCUCCGUCGCAGUCUGGGUGGUGGUCUGGCUCGUCACCAUCCCUCUCUACCUUUAUGAUCAGGAGGUCUACUUGGUGAACCUCAAAAUCUCUACCUGCCAUGACGUCACCAGGCCCGGCCAAAAGAAGACGGCAGCGGGUUACUUCCUGACCAUGGGAACUCUGGGGUUUGUCGUGCCCGCCGUCGUGUGCAUCAUAUCCUACGUCCUCAUGCUCAAGGCUCUCAGGAACAGCAUGGCGGACCCUGCCAUCGCCAAGAAGCGACGGAAGGCUGUGGUCUUGAUCGUCACCGUGUUGGUGAUGUUUUUGGUGUGCUUCACCCCCAGUAACAUCAUGCUGCUGGUGCACUACAUCCUCCUCCUGGGCGAGGCCGACAACAGCCUGUACGGAUUCUACAUCACCACCCUGUGCUUGGCGAGUCUCAACAGCUGCUUCGAUCCUUUCAUUUAUUACUUCAUCUCCGAGGACUUCAGGGAGCACGUGAAGAACACGUUCCUGUGCAGGAGCGAGAGGACGGUGGAGAGGAUGAGGGUCUCCUUCAGCGCUCUGAAAUUCUCCAAGAAGAACAGCACGUAUACGUCCGAGUCGGGGAACACCCAGAGCACCGACUGCUAGACCCCCCACAAGAGGUUUUAAGCUCCUCGGGUAUAAAACAAAACUGAUUUCUCUUUUAAUUCUACCGAGUUACUGCAUUUUUUAAUUGUUUUUGUUGUAAUACAACUUUUACUUAAUGCACUUUGCUGUAUUUGAUUUCACUGGGAUCUGAACGUUUGUUUUUAAGUCGUUUUUAAUGUGUGUGAUCUUUUAUUGAGGUCAGCGUUUUAACGUGCCAUAAGAGGUUAGCGUCCAUGAUACACAUUUUACAUGUGUAUUUAUCUGUGUGUGUGUGUGUGUGUGUGUGUGUUUUAGGUCAUUUUACUUGUGUAACUACAUUUUAAAGUCUGUCAAUAAACGUGUAAAAAACCUUUUCACCCUGAGGUGCUUUCUGCAGGUCUUUUAAAAAGUGUUUAAAAGUGUUUUUCUGACUGAGACAUGAAGCUCUGAACUGGAUGUGAGUGUCACAGUGAUGCUUUCUGACAUUUGUUCUGACUUUACUGUCAGUCAGGUUGUUCCUCGUUUUCAGUAUAAUCCUGUUUUUAUUACCCUUUGCUGUAAAUUCAGAACGCAAUCUGAUACUAAAUAAAACAAGCCUUCCGGUGUC